AUGCCAAAAGUCCGUCGUACAUCAUACAAUCUAGCGUUCAAACUUAAAAUAGUCGCCGAAACAGAAGCCGUCGAGAACAACUCUGAGAUCGCGAGGGAAUACGGCAUCAGUGAGUCAAUGGUUCGUCGCUGGAGAAAAGACCAAGAAAACCUCUUCGACGGCGAAAUAAAAAAGUCCGCAAAACGUAAAACGAUGGGCUGUUUUACACCAAAGUAUCCCGAGGUGGAUCAAAGACUGCUGGAAUGGUUUUCUGAGCAGAGAAGUCAAGGAAUUGCUGUCGGUGGACUAAUGUUGCGUUUGAAGGCGAAAGAAUUCUACUAUGAUCCCGCACUCAAAGCAUCUGUAGGCUGGUACAUAAACUGGAAGCCAUCCCAUUCCUUCACUCUCCGAACGAAAGACCACCCUCGCCCAGCGUCUGCCAAACGAUCUCGAAGAGCAAACAGUAAAAUUCCACCGGUUCGUGAUCGCCGCUCGUCAGCGCCGUGGAUACCCUUUGUCCAGAAUUUUCAAUAUGGAUGA